ACCAGCACGCCAAUGUUAAAGUAUGUGCAGUUAUGUUAAAUAUUAUUACUUGCGUUGCCGCUUGUUGGUCUUAACAAAGUGAUAAAAAUGCUAAAUCUAGGAGUAGAAGACGCAGGACCUGCCGUCGAGGAUACAAAAGAUAAUCGAAUAUCCACUGUAGAGUCAAUGCCGUGUCGUCUAUGCCAUUCACGAUCAACACUCACUAAAGAAUCACCAAAUAUCUAUGAAGCGUCUGCGGAUUUUAUUAAAGAAAAUUGCGAAAAGGAAGGCGAAAAACUGCUAAUAGCUGAUGUGUGUCAAAGUAUUUGGGGUAUAAAGUACGAACGCCAUGAAUUCCUGCCGGAACUCAUUUGUGAGCGUUGUCUGGAAAUGUUGAAGGACUUCUAUGAGCAACGCCGUUGCAUGCAACAACGUGAAAAUGAGCUGCAGCAGGACUUAAAGAACAUUAUUUCUCUGGAUGCCAAGUAUCGACCAGGCUUGAAUGGCAAUCCGGGUGUAUUUGAGUUCGAGGAGGGCGAAGAAGGUUGCGUCAUUGUCGACGUGGAUCCGGAUCAACUAUGCGAAACGAGCGAUGAUGAGUUCUUGGGCUCCGAUGGCGAGGCAGAGGUUGAAGACGAGGAAUGGGAUGAGGAAGAUGAGGAGGAAGCGGCAAAUGAUGAAGAUGUGGAGAUACCACUCGGCAUGGAUGCAGCUCAAAUGGCACUCAUGCAAGCGCAUCUCACAGCCGAUGCCGUGGUCAAUGCUAAUGCCCAUCCCAAAAGCGCUUUCCUUUGUCAAUACUGCGAUCUGGCGUUCACCUUGCAGCAGGAUUGCCAACAGCAUGAGCAAGCAGGCCACGAUCUUGCGGCUCCUUACAGCUGCAACUACUGUCAGUUACGUUUGACGACGCGACCGGCUCUGAUUGCACACAUCAAAGAACUGCAUGACGCUGAGCGUCCGUAUGUGUGUGCCCACUGCAACAAAGGAUUCGUCCGACGUUCAGACUUGAAGAAGCAUACUAUUGUGCAUACGGGUGUGCGCCCCUUUUCGUGCCAUGUCUGCUCCAAAAGCUUCUCGCGGAAUACAAAUCUUACCAAACAUUUGCGUAUACACAGCAGCGUGAAACCCUUUGUUUGCCAGCAAUGCCCGCGCUCUUUCCAAACGCCCGUUGAGUUGAUGAAGCACAGGCGCUCCCAUUCCGAGGUCAAGCCGUAUCAGUGUGAUCGUUGUCCCGCUUCGUUUGCACGCAAAGAUAAGCUUUCUAUGCACCAGCACGUGCACCAAAAGCGCGAUGCAGAGCAGCAGCAGCAGCAACAAAAUGUGCGCAUGACUUUGCCAGCCGAGCAAGUGCAGCUUCCACAGCAUCCAUACAUUGAUAAUGAUGCAGCAGCAACACAGACACCGACACAGACGCAACAGCAGACGCAGUCCUAUACCUGUCCUCCAAUGCAAACGAAGAUUAAACCAUCAUCGAAGGUGUCACGCAACUUUCGCUGCGAUGUUUGCGACAGGGGAUUCCAGCGUGAACGAGAUCUACAGCGCCAUCGGGCUCUGCACAUGGACAGCCUGUUUGCAUGCAAAAUUUGUGGACAGAACUUCAAUCGGCGCGAGCAACUGCAGCGCCACGAGCUGGAGGUACAUGGCCCCAGUUACACUUGUGCGAUCUGUUGCAUCAACUUCCUGCAGCAGAGUGAGCUGCAGACCCAUCUCAAGGUGCAUGAGCUACAACAUAGCGUGGCCAAGAGCACUCAGGAGGCUCUAUUAGCUGCCUCUACAGUUCCGCUGACUCAUCCCAUUGUUGGCGAGCAAAGCGGUGCUGCCAAGCCGCCCAUCGCCCAGGAGCCUGUCCCCAUGUCCAACUUAAGACCUGCCGAAUUGUCAUUCUAUAGCAAUAUGAUACCAACGAUGAAUUUGGGCUUUUAUAGCGAGACGCGCCCCGAGGAGCGCAAUGGAAUUUAAUAAUCUAUUAGUAAGCUAAGUGGAAAGUGUAAUGAUCGUAAUAAACAUUGUAAUUGAGCCAAAAACAUACUUUAAUUAAAACAGAGUUUUCUGAUAAACAUAUGACACUCUGUUUAUAGUAUAGAUAUUGAUAGACCUAUUCGAUAAGGUUUACUUAUUAUUUCCAUUGAUGACUGUGCAGAGCGGUGACUGUUAGGCUGUGACUUGACUGCAAGUAUUCAUAUCACAUAUAUGGAAUAUUUCUGGGAACCAAUUCUCCUAAUCUAAUCCUAAUAGAAAACGGGCGUUUUCUAGCAAUUUAAUGGA